UUGUACGUAUUUGCAUCGUAUGUUUGUUUCUUGCAUUUGUCGUAUGUGUUUGUAUUCAUUUUGAGGGAAGGCUCAUUAUGCCUCCCAAAGUACAUAUAUAUUUGUUACUUACUAAUAAAAUUUACUCGUGCCGUUGGGUUUUGUUCAUUAAGAUUUCAUUAUGCCUCCCAAAGUACAUGUAUGUAUAUUUUAGUCGAGAAUGUGAGAGACAAUAUUAGGAGGCUCCUUUAACAGGUUAUGUAGCCUAGAGUCGUAGUCUACCUGAGAACAAAAUCCUAGCUCCAUCGCUGAUCUCAACCAUCAUCUAGUUUUAGGUUGUCUCUCAAAGAUCAUUGUUGCAAAAGUCACUACAACCCAAAACUGUUAAAUCUCUCGAAUGGUUGUCACAUGUCAGUUCUAAUACUGUGUUCGUUAUUUUGCUCUGUUAGGGAUCUGAGAAAGAAGAGUUAAAAAUAUAUAUUUCGACUUUCAUGUUUUUAAAACUUGGCUCGUUAUGAAUAUAUAUGUAUAUAUAGGUAACAGAGCGGUGGCAAAGGAGCAGAUGAAGAGCAAGAACAUGGAAAAGAAGAAAAUCGGAAGCUUGAAGAGGGUAAGGGGAGAUCAAGUACAAUACAGAUGUAAUAUGAUAUCAUUUUUCAGUACAAUGCAGCGAGUUAAGGAACACUUGACUGAAGGGCACUUGGAGUUGCUUCAACAAACUCCAUUUUGGCCAUUAAUAUCAGCAUUUUACAGUGGUGCGAUUUCUGAAGAUCAAUGCAAGAAAUCGAACACUGACAUCGGAAACAUCAUCAAGUGCUACAAUGCCGAAACAAUGGGUUUUGAGUUUGGUACUACAUCUGCAUCGUUGACAACUGAAGAUGUUGCUGAAAUUUUGGGGCUUCCACUAGAAGGUCAAGAAGUACGACAACUAAAGGGAAAACAGAAGCACAUAUCAGAUUUUACCAAAAGGUAUUUCGAGGAAGAAACUUUAUUGCUCAAAAAGAUGGUGGAUGAUGCUUUGGACGCAGCAAUAAAAGGGAAGAGAAAAACAGAUGUAGAGGAUGUUGCACGCCUGAUUGUAAUAGAACUAUGCGCGACCUUACUGUGUAACACAAACCACGUUGUUUCAUGGAAUUUAGUAAAGUAUUGUGAUGAUUUAGAAAAUAUUUCAAGAUAUUCAUGGGCAAAAGCAGUGGCUGACUUUCUACACGAGUCAUUGGGAAAACGGACCAGGAAGUCCAACGGAUAUUCUGUUCCUGGAUGUGUGGUUGUGAUAAUGCUUUGGCUGUGUGAGAGUACUAACCUUAUACAACCAAUCAAGGGAAGGGAGGGACAGAAACCAGCUAUCGUAAAAUGGAGCGUGUGGGAACUACACUUUAAACUGGGAGAAAUAGACGUCGCAGAUAUUGGGCUGAGCUUUUAAGAAGGGCAAGAAGAAGCAAAGUAAUAAAGAAGUAGUGGAAAAGCCACUAGAGCCGCUCGAACUAGUGCGGAGGAAUGAGCGUUUGACAGCAAUCGAUCAGGAUAGCACUGCAAAUAAUAAUAUCAGUGAAGUAAGCUCUGCUUCUGUUGAAGGAAAUGGAGGUCUGCAUAUUUCAGGUUACAGACCGGGACCCAAAUAAGAUGAAGAACAAGAACAUGGAAAACAAGAAAAUGGAAAAGAGGAAUAUGGGAAGUUGGACGAGGGUAAGAGGAGAUCAGGUGCGAUACCGCUGUAAUAUGAUAUCAUUUUUUAAUCCGAUGCAGCGAGUUAAGGAACACUUGACUGAAGAGCAUUUGGAGUUGCUUCAACAAACUCCAUUUCGGCCGUUAAUAUCGGCAUUCUAUAAUGGUCUGAUUUCUGAAGACCAAUGCAAGAAAUCGAAAGCUGGCAUUGGAAACAUCAUGAAGUGCUACAACGCCGAAACAAUGAGUUUUGAGUUUGGUACUACAUCUGCAUCGUUGACAACUGAAGACGUUGCUGAAAUUUUGGGGCUUCCACGGGAAGGUCAAGAAGUACAAUUAAAAGGAACAACGAAACACAUAUCAGAUUUUACCAAAAGGUGUUUCGAGGAAGAAACAAUAUUGUACGAGAAGUUGGUGGAUAAUGCCUUGGAAGCAGCAAUAAAAGGGAAGAGAGAAACAGAUGCAGAGGAUGUUGCACGCCUGAUUCUAACAGAACUUUGCGCUACCUUCUUAUUGUGUAACACAAACCAAGUCGUCUCAUGGAAUUUAGUCGAGUAUUGUGAAGAUUUAGAAAAUCUUUCAAGAUAUUCAUGGGCAAAAGCAGUGGCGGACCUUCUACACGAAUCAUUGGGAAAACGGACCAGGAGGUCCGAGGGAUAUUCUCUUCCUGGAUGUGUGGCUGUCAUAACGCUUUGGUUGUGCGAGAGAACUAACCUCAUACAACCAAUCAGUGGAAGGGAGGGACAGAAACCGGCUCUAGUAAAAUGGAACACUUGGGAACUACACUUCAAACUGGAACAAAUAGACGUCGAAGAGAUUGGGGAAGUGUAUAGUUAUUAUAUUUUAGCAUUUACGUAACACUAGGUAUAGAAUACAUUGUAGUUGGAAUCGGUAUACUAUUGCUAGGAAUUACUUGUAGAUGCUGAUAUCCUAUUUGUUUGGAUAAUGCACCUGUCCAGCUGAGCUUUAAGGAGAAGAACAAAAAAGAAAUGGAAAUGCCACCCGAAGAAGCUAAGAUAGAUGGGCAAGAAGAUCGAGAAGAAGGGGAGAAUCUAUUAGAUGAUACACUGGCCUCAUCAGGAUGUGAAUUUCGAGCUCAGAAGACACAAACGAAAUUCCUCUCAGUUCGUACUAUUUCAGAAAGGUUGAACAACAAUGAGGGCUUGGAAAAAAGAUCUGAAGAUAGAGAGGAAAUGGUUCAAAAUGCAAGUGCUGGACUUGCAGAAGCUCAAGGAAAAUUGAAUAGGAUAAAUGCAAAGAUAGAGAGUAAGGACAUAACAAAAAAAUUGAAGACAAAACUAAAAGAAGAAAAAGAGGAGAAGAAAAAGCUGAAAGAGGGCUACGAGUUCUUAAUUGGCGAGCAGAAAUCAUUGCUUGGAUCUCUGAAGUGUUUCGUGAAGAAGUUGGAAAGAAGUCUCGAAGCUGAGAGGAAAGACAAGGUGGAGAUGAUCAAGGAAAUUCAAGAUCUCAAAGAUCAGCUCAAUCAAGGGAGUCCUUGCACUGCAAUGCAAUUGAGAGACAACAUACAAAUUGAGGCAUGUCCGAAGUAAUUGUGCUUGACAAGUCCAGAGAAAAGCACCACAAAUAGGGCACAUCCGGAGUUUGAGAAUGAACAAGGAGGAAAAAAGAACAGGAGAGUAGAGGAAGAAAAAUGAAAUCAAAGGAUAAUUUUUUUUCUUUUUUGUGAGUUAUAUCUGUCGAGUAAUAGCCGACCCCACUUAGUGGGAAAAGGUUUUGUUGUUGUUGUUGUUGUAUAUCUGUUGAGUAAACCCUAUCUUGUGGGAUAAUGCUUUGUUGCUGCUCUUGUUGUUUGUAUCUGUUGAGUAAGACAUCGAACCUUCCUAGCAUUGUAUCUUUCAUUACAAAAAUGUUCUCUCAGUUGACCAUGGAGAAUUCAUGGUCACUCACCAUUUGAUUUGAUAUCAAGGGUAAGAAG